AUGCCUUCGUACCUCAUCACCGGAGCCAGCCGAGGCAUCGGCCUCGGAAUCGCCACCAAGCUCCUCCAAGACCCGAAGAACUUCGUCGUCGCCGCGGUGCGCAACCCCGCCGCGGAGAGCAUCAAGAAGCUGGCGGGCGAAUACCCCUCGGACCAGUUCGCCGUCGUCAAGAUCGACUACGCCGACUAUGCCAGCAUCGGCAAGGCCGCGGAGGGCGCCGCGAAGAUCCUGCCCAACGGACUGGACUACCUGAUCAGCAACGCCGGCGUGUCCCUCCAGGACAACCCGAGUUUCGAGUCGAUCGACCUGAAGGUCUUCGAGGAGGAACUGCGCAUCAACAGCGUCGCGCCGAUCGAGGUCGUCCGCCAGUUCCUGCCGCUCGUGCGCAAGAGCACCGCGAAGAAGGUCGUCUUCCUCAGCACCAUCCUCGCCUCCAUCGAGUUCGCCCCGACCGUCGCCACGCUCGCGAUCCCCUACGCGAUGACCAAGGCCGCGCUCGACAUCCUGGCCCGCAAGUGGGCUGCUGUCCUGUACAAAGAGGGGAUCACCACCGUCGUCCUCCACCCUGGUAAGCACACUGCCCGAGUCAUGCGCGCGCGAGCAGGGCUGACUUCGGCAGGCUGGGUCGACACGGACUUGGGCGCGGGCAUCAAGGACUGGUGGGCGAAGGCCAACCCGGACCUCAAGCCCAUCUCCGUCGAGCAGUCCGCGGAGGAUACCCUCCGCAUCAUAUGGGAGGCCCCGCUCGAGGAGAAGAUCCAACUGCACAAUCACGCUGGAGGCGUGCUGCCUUGGUAA